AUGAUUCUUUUCCUGGAUAUUCCGAAUAAUUUCUCUCUUGUCAGUGUUGAUUACUCUUCUAGGGGUGGGAUAAUAAUCCUAUUUCUUUUCUUUUUUUUUUCUUUUUCACACUCUUUCUUUCCUCUUCUUUUUUUUCUUUUUCAUCUAUUCACUUUUUCUUUUUUCCUUUUCCUCUCUUUUUUCUCUCCUUUUUCUUCUCUUUUUUUCUCUCCUUUUUCUUCUCUUUUUUCUCUCCUUUUUCUUCUCUUUUUUCUCUCCUUUUUCUUCUCUUUUUUUCUCUCUUUUUUAUCUCCUUUUUCUUCUCUUUUUUUCCUUUUCUUUUUCUCUUUUUUCCUAUUCUUUUUCUCUUCUAGGACGAGGAUAAUAGUCUUACUCUUCUCUUAUUUUUCUUUUUCUCCUUUUUCAUCUAUUUUCUUUUUAAAUUUUUACUCUUUUCUUUUUCAUAACUUUUUUUUCAUCCAUUUUCCUUUUCUUCCUUUUCCUCCCUUCGUUUCCUUUUUCUCUUUUUCCUUUUCCUCUUUUUUCUUCUCUUUUCCUCUUUUUCUUUUCCUUAUCUUUUUCCUUUUGAUUUUUCUUUCCUUCCUUCUUUCUGUUUUCCAUUUCUCUCUUUUAAUUUUAUAUUUUCUUUCUUAA